AUGGGUUUAGCUGCAACAAGAAAUAAACAGAAAUUUGGUCUAGAUCCGAGAAACACAGCGUGGAGUAAUAACACCUCUAGAUUCGGUUUCAAACAGCUGGAGAAAUUUGGAUGGAAGACAGGUAUGGGUUUGGGCAUGACUCCCAGCACUUCCAAUACUAGCCAUAUCAAAGUUCAUAUCAAAGAAGACAACCUUGGUCUAGGUGCCAAGAUCAAGAGGACAGAAAGAAAAGAUGAAUUCGACAAUGGCGAAUGUGCUGGUUUAGACGUAUUUCAAAGAAUCUUAGGGAGAUUGAACGGUAAGGAAGAAGAAAUCUCCAGUGAAUUGGAUAAACAACGUCAAAAUAAAAUUUUAAAUGGUAAAUGGGGUAUACAUUUUGUCCAAGGUGCUGUUUUGGCAAGCACCUGGGAUCCAGAAACUAAAGAGUUAAGAAACUACUCGAAUGAAAAGAAGAGAAGCAUAAGUGAGGAUGAAGACUCGAGUGAUGAUAAUGAAAGAAAAUCUAAGAAAUCUAAGAAAGAUAAAAAGGAUAAGAAGGACAAGAAAGAUAAGAAAAAAAAGAAGGAAAAGAAGGAAAAGAAGGAAAAGAAAGAGAAGAAAGAGAAGAAAGAGAAGAAGCACAAGAAAGAAAAGAAAGACAAAAAACUGAGAUCUAUUGACGUGAGCAAAAGUGCAUCCACCAUUCCCAAAACUGUAUCAACAAGAUUGUCAGUACGUUCCAAAUGGAUCAGACAAAAAAGAGCAGCCACUAUGGAUGCUAAAGCAUUAAACGAAAUUUUUAUGGUAACAAACGAUUAA